GGUUGCUCGGUUGCAGCCGGCCACCAGACCAGGAACUGAUCAGCAUCUCGCUCUGCCCUUGAUCCCGCUCCAUAACUGCUUGUCUUUCAACGCUUUCGCGGUGACUCCCCCCCAGCAGUCCGUCUUCACUCCAAUGCAUCCAAGCCAUUCGAUAGGCGCUGCAUCGUUCAGCACCGCCGCCCCGCAGCCCUUCAGCACCAACGGCUGGCCCACCGGUCAACCGAGCCGUUAUCCACCCGAAGCUGACCCUGCUGCCCCGAUCCCGACCUCCUCGGUCCAGCCUAAUAUGUUGCCUCCCCAUCCGUCGUCCGGCGCCGCUCCAGCCAUCCACCAACAUCGGCAGUACCAGCGACGCACAACCAGCAUCCUCCAAUUCCAGAAGAGCCACUCGGAGCCCAACCUGUUCCAGGACUCCUCGGCCAGCUCCGCACCCAAAUUCGCCAACCUUCAGAUCUCGCAACCAAGGGCGCCUAGCCCUUUCCCGAACCAGGUUCACGCUGUCGGCAAUGGCAUGUCUCCAGAUCCUGUUCAUGGUGCCCCCCAGUCAGCGGUCCGAAUGUACCAGCAACCGCAGCAAAAUGGCAUCGGCAUCACCGAUCCUGCCUCGAUCGACCGGCUUGUUCACGCCUUUCCCACCGGCCGCGGCAUCUCUGAGCCACCGAUACAAACGUCUCUCCGAAUCCCAAAUCAAAACGUCUCGAUCAUGCCGGCUCUUCCCCAGAGCGUAGGCCCAUCUUCACAGCAGAUGGUCCAAGCCAUGCAGAUCUCCCCCGUCUCGAUCGAGCCCCCGUUUCCACUGCCCUCAGCCAACCCAGCCCAGAACAAUAUGUCCCGGCUCCAUUCACCCUCGGCCCUUCCUUCAGCUCCGCAGCACCGGGAUGUCGCAUUCAUGUCGUCUGAAUCCGUGGCCCUGCGUCCUGCUCUCGUGCCAUCGCAAUCUCCGUCUCCGUACCAGCAGCCUCUUAUGCAUAUCAAUCGCCCGCACGACCCUGCGAGCCACUCUAUCCAGCAGACGCCUCCCAUGCACCCGCACUCACAUCCCCAGCAAGUUCCGCCUCUCCAGAUCCCGCCCCUGGCCCACUCGCAGCUCCCGUUGUCAAACCAGCCCCAGCCACUUGUCCAGUCCCAGCCGCAGCCACCGCUACCACCGUUGCCGCCGUUGCCGCAAACACAGUAUCCGGCUGCUCAAUUGGUACCGCAGCUUCCACAGCAGCAACCACAGCCGCUCCAACUCCCUCCCCAGCCGCUGCAGCAUGUUGGGUCGUCCCAAGCCUACGCCCAGAUGCAGCACUACUUCCACAUCCCUCCCCUCGCACAGUCAGACCCCAGUCUGCAGAUGCUGAGUGUCUAUGGGCUGCCCUACGUCUCCCAGCCAUUGAUGUACGCCCAUUUGAUGAACGGCACGCCGUCCUUCAACCAACUGACCGCUGGCAUUACUCAGAUGCCUGGACAGGGUGCAAACUAUAUUCCCUAUGUCUACCAGCUGCCCAUGGGCAUCUCGGCUCCGUCGGUCGGCGUUGUCAGUGGCGUGCCUGUCAUCACCCGCAAGGAGUACUUUGGUAGGCUCUACGAAAUACGACCGCACUGAAUGCGCAUCGGUGUGUACCGCGCAAGACGGCUGCUGUAUGCCUGGACUCAUCCGUCUCGUUUCCCGCCGAC